GUAUUGCAAUCACAUGUAUCAAAUACUUUUCAGAAAUUAAUUUUUCAUCUACUGUUUGUUUUACACCGAAUCGAACCCUUUGAGAAUAAAAUAUGAUCGGGUUGAUAAUCUUCAAACUGCAACAUAUGUUUCCCCAGUUUAUACUGGUAUACAUUUUAUUAUAUGCCGAUUCAUCAUCAGUACCAUGUUUGAAGCCUUACUGUGAAUGUAGUAGCCAAAGAAACGAAGCCAUUUGUACAAAUCUGACUUUCAUCCCUAGACUUCCAGAUUUCGUUGAAAAUGUUUACUUUAGAGGAAAUAAAUUCACAAAUGUUUCAAGAAACUUUAUGCUUAACGUAACAAAAAAUGAAAUACGUCAUAUCUCAUUAGUAGACAAUUCGAUCGAGCAUUUUUCAAGGAACUCAUUAUAUGACCUUAAAUGGAUGAGAAACUUUGAGAUUUCAGCGGAACCAAAGGUAUAUGAUUUAGACGUACGCUCUGCCUUUUUUAAGUUUAAUGGGGACAGCCUUGAAAAAGUCAGAUUCGAAGACAACAAUUGGAAAACACUACCGCCAGAUUUAUUUUUUGGUCAGACAAAUAUAAUCGAAGCAUCUUUUUCGGGAAAUAAAGCACAGAGAGAUGCUUUCGUAGUAUUUGCACCUUUACAAAAGUUACAAUUGCUAAAUAUGUCUAGAAAUAGUUUGACCACGUUUAAUCUUCAAGGACAAUGUACACUUCAAAUAGCAGAUCUAAGCAAAAACUAUAUUGACGAAUUUCAAAAUUUCUGUUGUGGUACGUGCGAUAAAUUUUGUUGUCAAUCACAUGGAUGUAAAAGCAUAUCUCCAAAUCUACGGGUAUUGGAUCUAGGUUCUAAUUCCCUGUCUAUCCUUGAAUUGUCCUAUUUUUAUUGUUUACCUAGUUUAGAAAUCCUGAUAUUAAAUUCAAACCGUUUUGUAUCCAUCAAUGACAAUAUCUUUGUUGUUUUGCCUAGCCUUCAGAAACUCUAUAUAGAAAAAAAUCAACAAAUCACAACAAUUGGAUCCACUGCUUUUAAUAUUUCAUCUCUUAGGCUGUUGUCAUUAGCACAUAACAAUUUUCGUUUUGAUUCCAAGCUUAACGUACAUAAUUUUGAUCCAAAUAGUAUUUUUAAGUAUUUUCUAAAUUUGGAAGUUCUAAACUUAGGGAAUAACUAUUUGGCCUCAGAUAGUAAUACCUCAAUUCUACUAUUCAAACAUUUAUCAAAGUUAACGACUUUAAACCUUGAGAAUAUGAGACUCAAUAACCUUCCAACUGGCAUAUUUUCAACAAUGGUAUCAUUGGAAAGUCUAAACCUGAAAGAUAAUAUUAUACGAUACUGGCCUGAUGGUACUUUUGAUAAUUUUGUAAACUUAAAGUAUUUAAACCUGCAAAAAAAUCAAAUUCAACUGUUAAAUAAAACAUCAAUAAAAUCUGAAGUUUUAGAACGGCUGCUUCAGUUUGAUCUUUCAAACAAUCCUCUAAUGUGUACUUGUGAUCUCAUGUGGUUCCGUAAUUGGAUUAAAAAAAACAACACUUCGUUUUUGUCUAACUAUCCGCAAGGGUACAAAUGUGCGUUUCCAGAAAACCUACAGGAUACUCUUCUAGAAGAAUAUAAUCCAACGGAAGUAAUAUGUACUCCAUGGAACCCACUUUUGACAAUGACACUAGUUUUAUCCACUUCUGGAUUUUUCAUACUAGUUUUGAUGUUUUCUGUCUACAAAUGUCACACUAACAUUCGGAACUAUCUUUACUUAUUCCGUCUACAUCGUUUGCAAAAAGAUGGUUAUUUACAAUUAGACAACAGUGAAGACUUUGCAUUCCAUGCUUUUGUUGUUUAUUGUAAUGCAGAUAGAGAAUGGGUCCAUGCGUCGUUUGUUAAACGUAUUGAACAUGAAGGUAUAAGGCUUUGCAUUCAUCAUCGUAAUUUUGAUGUCGGUGCUCCAAUUUCAGAAAAUGUUGACAAAUACAUGAAAGAGUCGUGGAAAGUCGUAAUAAUAAUGAGUAAUGAUUUCGCCGAAAGCGAGUGGUGUCAAUGGGAAUGUGAUUGUGUGCAGGAACGCAGACGUCACCAUGGAAAAGAUGCAUGUGUUUUAAUCAUGCUUCGAACUAUUGAUGCUAAUCACAUGACCAGUUCUAUCAAAACUCUGUUACAAUCCACUCCAUAUUUAAGAUUCAAAGAGGGAGUUGGAGAGGAAAUAUUCUGGCAGGCGAUAAUUGAUGCGCUCCGGAAACCACUAAGUGUUCCUCCUAUGGCAAUAUGACUGUUAAUCUAUGCAUAUGAAGUUGAUAAACAUUUGAGGAAUUUAGAUUUGAAAAUUUAAAUACAACUUUUUUUUUUGUAUACCUAAAUUAUUAUAGCUUACUUAAAUCAAUCAUGAUUACGACGGGACCUUUGAUGUAUUAACUUAUGUCUUUUCCAUAUAAUGGAUUUUUUGCUACUGACAUACAAGUGAGAGGUUUAGCUAGCUAUAAAACCAGGUUUAAUCCAACAUUAUCUAUAUAAGAAAAUACCUGUACCAAGUCAGGAAUAUGACAGUUGUUAUCCAUUCGAUGUGUUUGGGCUUUAGAUUUUGCCAUUUGAUUACGGACUUUCCGUUUUGAAUUUUCCCCGGGGUUCGGUAUUUUUGUUAUUUUACUUUUUAAGAAUAGCUUAUUAGACAAAGAAUUUUAUAUAACUUUGACACCAAAUUCAGGUGUGUUAAAAUCAAUUACUUAAUUUUUUAAAAGCCAAGAGGAAAAAAACAAGUAUAGUUAUGAGCUUAAAAUAAAUUGAAGGAAUUUAUUUUUUUUUUUCAAUUUCAGUUUAGUCGUAAAUUCAAGAAGGCAAAACAUUAACAUCUCAUGAAAACAUCAUAGAAGUGUGAGCAUAACAUACAUGUAUGUCAAAUAGAGCGUUUGUGAUUUUUGCCUUUUUUUUUUGUAAUUGUUAUAGAGGUAUAUAAAAUGUAUGGUUCUUAAUUCUUAAUGCACCCGUGUGUUUCUCUAUCAUUAUAAGGCGGUGCAUGGACGUUUGAGGUUAAAAGUCUUAAAGCAUUAUAUACAUGUACAAAACUAUCAUAAAACCAAAACAUUGUCAAAAAAAUUAAUCAAAACCACCUUACAUCAACAGUAUAAUAAUGCGCUUGAGUACAUAUAUUUGUUCUGAAAAUAUAAGGACAAAACUAUAAGACACACCAGGUAAUACCUAUAAAUAUAUCAAACUAACUGGAAAAUUGGUACACUCGAAAGAUGAUAGUUCGCAAAAUGCGGUACUUGAGUAGUUUAAAUUACUAAAGCAUGUCAGUCUUACCCUGGUCUAUUGCAUUCAAUUAUUUGUUUUAAUCAGAUAUGCGAGAACUAAGCGUUAUUAUUGCAAUUUCUCAUACAGGGGUAUCCUUUUACACAAAAACUACUCAAGCAAGAUUAAGAACUUUUGUAAUUUUGGGGCAUUGAAAACACCCCUAUUCAUACAAAGGCGAUUGCAAAAGUAAGAGACUAGUUAAAAUAUACACCUUUUAAAAAGUCUUGCAUAGAGUAAUAAUAUAAAUAAAAGUUCCCUUUUGGUUUGGGAUCAAAUCACAUAUUUUGCAUGCAUUUCCUAACAUUCGUUUCUUUUAUUUAAUAUCUUUCCAAACUGAAUGUACACAUCCUUUCUAAAGACAUUAUAACGCAAUAUUUUAUCUUUUAUGUUUCUUAUUAAAAUCAUGUUCAAGUUCA